UGUGCGCCUCUCUCUUGUGAGUUGGCAGCAGAUCCCUUUGCAGGGGGCCCGGCUUCUGCGGCUAAGAGGGACGUCCUGUAUCUUGUGUGAGAUACUCUCAUCUACAAGUUCCCUAAAUUCAGACGUCAAAUUGCUGGCUGCGGAGUAUUACUGGUGUCUACUUGGGCAUUGAAUGUAUUUUAUUCUUUCAUCAUGAGGCCCAUCCUGUUUUGGUCUCUGCCCAUCAAUGAGAACUCUUGUGCUUCUCUGUCAAGUGUUACUGUCGCUCUGUGCGUUUUCACCCUCGUUCUGAUGGCCCUCAGGGGCCGAAAAAAGAGCGGAUUUUUCUUCCACCUCCAGCGUGACUCCCGGCUGGACCACUCCAAAUACCCUCCUCCUCCCGGACCCACACCAUGGCCCGUUGUUGGGAAUCUGCUCCAGAUGGGCGACCAAAUUCAUCUCUCCCUAACCCGUCUGAGGCUCCAGUACGGUGAUGUUUUCAAGUUGCGUUUGGGCUGUUUGACUGUUGUUGUCCUGAGUGGGUACACCACAAUCAGGCAGGCGCUGGUUCGCCAAGGGGAUGCUUUUGCGGGGCGGCCCGACCUUUUCACCUUUUCUGCCAUUGCCAAUGGGACCAGCAUGACCUUCAGUGAGAAAUAUGGACCUGCACUGCUGCUCCAUAAGAAGCUGUGCAAGAAUGCCCUGAGGUCUUUCUCGCAGGCUGAACCCAGGGGAUCCGGUGCCACCUGCCUUUUGGAGGAACAUGUAUGUGCCGAGGCGGCUGAGAUGGUGGAGGUGAUGCGAGAGCAAGCUGCUAAAGGGGAACUGGCCGGUGACGUGGAGGGCAUUGAUCCAGUGAUGCCCCUGGUGACCUCGGUGGCAAAUGUUGUCUGUGCACUCUGCUUUGGGAAAAGGUAUGACUACAAUGACAAGGAGUUUCUCACCAUUGUUCACAUCAACAAUGAGGUCCUGAGGAUCUUUGCAGCAGGGAACCUGGCUGAUUUCUUCCCUGUGUUUCGCUACUUUCCGAGUCCGUCUCUGAGAAAGAUGGUCCAGCACAUUCAGAGAAUGAACGGAUUCAUGGAACGGAGCAUCGAGGAACACAUCAACACCUUUGAUAAGAACUGUAUCCGGGACAUUACAGACGCUCUGAUCGCGCUCUGUGAAGACAGAGAAGAAAACAAGGACACAUCGUUGCUCUCCAACUCUCAGAUCAUUCACACCGUCAUAGAUAUCUUCGGAGCCGGGUUCGACACCAUCAUUGCUGGUUUACAGUGGAGCCUGUUGUACCUCAUCAAGUUUCCUGACAUCCAGUACAGAAUACACCAGGAGAUUGAUGAGCACAUUGGCUCAGCAAGGUUACCCAGGUUUUCAGACAAGCCCAAGAUGCCCUUCACAGAGGCGUUCAUAUACGAAGUCUUCCGUCAUGCCUCAUAUGUUCCUUUCACCAUACCCCACUGCACCACGAGAAACAUCACCCUAAAUGGAUACUUCAUCCCCAAAGAUACAUGUGUCUUCAUUAACCAGUAUCAAGUCAAUCAUGAUGUUGAUCUUUGGGGUGAUCCGGACACGUUUAGCCCACAGCGUUUCCUGCUUCCAUCAGGACUCCUCAACAAGGACCUGACAGAGAAGGUUCUCAUCUUUGGCAUGGGGAAGAGACGCUGUCUUGGUGAUGGAUUUGCACGACUGGAGAUGUUUAUUUUUCUCACCACGCUGCUCCACGGGCUGCGGAUUGAAAAUGUAUCAGGGCAGGAGCUGGAUCUCAGCACUGAUUUUGGUUUGACUAUGAAACCACGUCCAUACAGGAUUACUGUCUCCUCAAGGUUUUAGACCCUCUGAAACCCCGUAUUAAGGUAGAGAAGUUCCCCCGUCUUUUCAAAAGUUCAAAAAAUGUCAGAAAUUAAACUUUGCAUUUUCACUUUGACAUUAGAAGUUUGUUUUCUCAGCUUAACGAUAAAGGUUUAUAUUUGCUCAUUUGUUUGUCGUGUGGAUCCUGAAUUAGUGAAUGAACUGAAAUGUUGUAAAGUGCUGUUAACACUGACUUUGAGCUAAGUUGUUUUCUGUUGUACCUGUCAUAGGUCUUCAGGUAUUCAGUUUUCAUUCAUUUAGAAUCUCAGAAAUCUUCAAUUACCUCUUUAAAAUAUUAACCCAGACUAACCUAGACUACUAAAUGUCACUGAGCACACUGCCAUUAUACAGUGCUUUUUAUUUAUUUUUUUUUUUUUUAUUUUGAAGUAAAAACUAUUGAACAAAUGGUAAUUAGUGAAAUAAUGGCACAUACUGUAAAGCCUAACCCAUGUAAAGGUUUUACUAAACUAAAUCUAGUUCACAUAAAAGCACUAAUAUCACGCUGUGUAAAAUAAUGUUGGUGAAAACAUGUAAUAUGAAAAUAAAACAAUAUAACCUGCUUAAUCUCUGAA